CUGACCGCCUCGUCUUCCAAGAAUCCCGUAAACAACAAAUGACCUCAAGUCUCGCCUGCUCGGUCGACCCGCUUCUGCAAGCCAAUUACCAAUACUUUCCUCCAUCUCACCGCUGUAAAAAGCACCGGCGGCCAUUUCACCGCCGCGAGGAUCUCCGCAGGCUCCUUAACCAAUCCAGAAACUGCCAACAACUUCUUCAAAUCCACGCCCACAUCAUUCGAUGUGGCCUCGCCAGCGGAGAUCAUGCUGACACUUCCCUACUCUACCAUCUUCUUCGUCUCUACUCCUCAUUCUCCCGUCUUGACCUUGCUUCCCGUCUAUUCCGCCUUUUCCCCAAUCCUUCAACCUUCGCUUUCAACCUUAUGAUCCGUGCACAAACCGCGGCCGGCGAACCCACCCGAUCUCUCCUACUCUACAACCGCAUGAUCUUUUCCGGCGUAUCUCCUGACAAGUUCACAUUUCCCUUCGUCGUACGCUCGUGUACCGCCUGUUUUGAUGCGGCAAAGGGUAAGGAGGUUCAUGCAUUCGCCAUUAAGACCGGCUUCUGGCGUGACCCUUUCCUCCUGAACGCACUGAUCAGCCUCUACUUCUCGUGCGGGGAUGCGGCUGAUGGGCUCAGGGUGUUUGAGAAAAUGCGCGUGAGGAGCGUGGUAACCUGGACUGCACUGGUCUCAGGGCUCCUCGCAUGCGGCGAUCUCGCUGCUGCGCGAGCUGCAUUCGACGCUAUGCCGGAGCGGAACGUGGUGAGUUGGACGGUCAUGAUCAACGGUUGUGCGAGAAAUGGUCGGCCGGAGGAGGCGUUUGCUCUGUUCUGGAAGAUGUUGAAGGAGAACCAGAAGCCGAAUUCUUACACGAUGGUCGGUUUGCUGAUCGCCUGCUCGGAGCUGGGGAGUUUGAGUUUAGUUCGAUGGGUCCAUGACUUCGCCCGUAAGAAUGGAAUGCUCAAAAGAGGAUUCUAUAUUGGCACCGCCUUGAUAGACAUUUAUAGCAAUUGUGGGAGCAUUGGUGAAGCUCUCAAGGUGUUUGACGAAAUGCCUGUGAGAAGCCUUGCUACUUGGAAUUCGUUGAUUACUAGCUUGGGCGUGCAUGGACGUGGAAAGGAAGCACUUGAGCUAUUCAGAGAGAUGGAGAAGAUGGAUUUAAUGCCGGAUGGGAUUACUUUUGUUGGGGUGCUCUGUGCUUGUGUGAGAAGUGGAAUGGUUGAGGAGGGAUUAAAAUUAUAUAAGAUCAUGAAGGAAGACUACAAGAUAGAAUCAGGAGUGAAGCACUACGAGUGUUUGGUUGAGCUUCUGAACAGUGCUUCUAUACAGGGGAAGCCCGCUGAGCUUUCUUCUGAACUGAGCACUAGUGCUCAGCAAAUGCUAGUUAACGCUUGCAUAGCCUGCGGAGAAAACAAGGCAAUGGAUAUUGACUAGUUUUCAUCAAUCGGUUGAAGUUAGCCAAUAGAACGGGCGAUAUUUUUUUAGCCCACAUGGAUGAAUGAUGUCUUGAGUUGGCGUUGGGAUGAAGAUUUAAAAAAUGAACUUUCUUCAUAAGAUACAUAUGCUAUGUGCUAGAACAUGCACGGCUGAGAUGAAUAUCUUAGCUUUACAUAAAAGAUUUAGGAAAUACACAGAUAAGAGAAGGAUGCAAGACUUGUAAGAGACAUCAGGGUUUUUGCAUCAAAAAUCCAGGAAAGAGAAAAAACCAUGGAAUUUGCCCCCAUCAAAAUAAUUCCAUUAGUGCUUGCUAUUGAUUAUAAAUGAUAUCCUUCAUUGAGGGAAGACAUUGAUGCAAUUUAAAGAGCAUUUUAUAUA